GACCUUUGUUUAAUAGGAUGGUGUUACUCUUGUGAAGUUGUCCUCUUAUCUAUCGGUACCUAAAAUAGAUCUGGGAGCGGUGAUCUUUGUCUAGGAUGUUACUUGUUCGAACAGGAAAAAACAUUAUUCUUUUCUCUUAACCCUUUUCCCCUGACAAACAAUUUUCAAGACCAUAAUCUAUAAGAUGUGCCAUUGCUACUGCCUAUUGAUGUACCGAGUAAUUCAGUCGUUUUGUCCUCUCUAAAACAAUUUUCCAAACUCCCAUAAAACGCCCUUUGUUACUGCAAGUAUCUGAUGCUUCUGUUCACAAUUUUAAAAGUACCCUAAGCUAUUGCAAUGAAUGCCUCCUGAUGACUCUAAUUUUGUGGGGUCCUGAAUGACUCUGUCAAUGCAUGUUAAAGCUUGCUUCAUGCUGUUCAGGAUGCGGGAUAAAGUUUCUGCUCACAGCUAUAGAAGUCAAAUCUUAAGGUCCCAAACAGAAAUAGGUUACUUAUCUAUGGACAUUGAUAGGCUCUCUUUUUAUGUUGAAGGUUAUGUAAAUUGCCAGGUUCAAUAACCAGUUUUUCCUCUAUGUCCUGGAAUAUACUGGUUCUUGAGUAGAAGUAUCAAUCACGAGUGACACUUCUAAAUUGUUCCGUUACUUAUUGCAUCCUCCUAAAUUGUUCCGUUACUCAUUGUAUCCAAUUUCUUCCAGAAUUUUCUCAGCACGAUCUUAUUUCUGGAAGGUCUAUUGAUAGCUCGUGUUUAGUUGGAGUUUUGUUGUAAGCACCAAAGUGAGGUUAUGUAUGGUUGCUCAAGUGGCAAUAGUUUUCUUGGUCUUUUGAUUUAUAUAUGGAAUUCAACUUUUUGAAUGGUUGCUGCUUCUGAUUGUUUAGUAGGUUCGGUUGUAACUUCUAAUACAUUGAAGCUUUGGCAGGUGUUAAAGAGUGCCAUCUUUUCAUAUCUUCAGAAGGAAUAGGCUGGUGUCUUGGAAAAGCUGGUUUAUCCUCACAUGCAGUUCUUUGGUAUUCUUCAAAAAAUGAUCCUUCCUCUUGCAGUUCUGAUGACUUCCAUUGAUGUUGAACCUCGCUUCUCAUCUUCUUCUUCGACGAAGAACAGCUUUGCGGAAUCAACAUUUGCUUUUCCACAGCAAUCUCUCAAAGCAUUGCUUACUGCCGUUUCUGUUGUUGUCGCCACGAACACAGCAGAUUUUACAUUACGUCAGGACAGCCUCGAGUCCUAGUUUGUCGAUAUGGAGGAGGAAGAAGGAGAUCGGGAAAGAGGGCUUGAUUGUGGCCAAGGAACUCAAGCGUCUCCAAACCAACCUAGUCCGGCUCGACCGGUUCAUCAAGUCCCACGUCUCGCGCCUGCUCAAGUCCGACCUUGUCUCUGUCCUCGCUGAGUUCCAGAGGCAGGAUCAGGUCUUUCUCUGCAUGAAGUUGUAUAAUGUGGUGCGGAAAGAGAUAUGGUACCGGCCGGACAUGUUUUUCUACAGGGACAUGUUGAUGAUGCUCGCAAGGAACAAAAAUGUGGAUGAGGCAAGUCGUGUGUGGGAAGAUCUGAAAAGGGAAGAAGUUUUGUUUGAUCAGCACACCUUUGGGGACAUAGUCAGGGCCUUCUUGGAUAGCGGACUUCCCUCGGAGGCUAUGGAGAUAUAUGGCGAAAUGAGACAGUCUCCUGAUCCUCCUCUCUCGCUGCCUUUCCGCGUGAUAUUGAAAGGGCUUAUUCCAUAUCCAGAAUUGAGAGAGAGGGUGAAGGACGACUUCCUGGAGCUCUUCCCGGGUAUGAUUGUGUAUGACCCACCUGAAGACUUGUUUGAAGAUCAAGAAUUGAUAAAGGAGAGUGAAGAUGAUUAGAGGUGCUCUUCAUGGACUGAUGUUAUAUGGGACUCAUCACUCCUUUAAUUUAUGUCAAAAUGAGUCCUAAGGUACUCUCGGUGCUCAAUUUCAUCCUUUUAACUACCAGCCAUGUCAACGGAUUGUCUUCCUUAAUUUUCCAAUUCUGUUUGGUAGAAUAUGAUAAAUUUUGUUCUC